GGUCUCUCCAUGUAACGAGGUGAUGUCGUCGUUAAAUCCCUUAAUCUCAGUGAGAUGACGUCUUCAGCCCCAGAAAACUUUGAUCCUGGAGUUUAAAAUGAAGUUCAGAAGAAAUCCUCGGUUCACGACUUCAUUGCUGAUUUUUAUGAUGAAUAUAUUUGUAAGUCGAACCUUCACUUGCCGUCGAGCAGAAUAUGUGUUUGGAGACGAGUGCUGUCCCAUGUGUCCCAUCGGGACUCGAGUUAAAACAGACUGUGAGGAGGACAAAAGUACGUCCUGUCAGCCAUGCAGAGAGGGGACUUUCAUGAAUAAAAUGAACGGAUUCAAACUUUGUUUUCCCUGCAGAGAAUGUGGAGCAGGUUCUGCUCUGAAGAUGAAGACGUCGUGUACGAUACGAUCAGACACAGUUUGUGAACCUCUGGAAGGAUUUUACUGCUCAGAGUUUACAGGGUACGACUGUUUUGAAGCAAAGAAACACAGACGCUGUGAACCAGGAGAAUACAUCAGUCAGAGAGGAACUUCCUCCACAGACACCGUGUGCUCGACCUGCUCUGAUGGAACAUUUUCAGACGGGACGUUUACAUCUUGUCAGAAUCACAAACAAUGUGAAUCAGAGAAUCGAGAGCUGCUGAGAGCAGGAACUAAGACAGAGGACGCUCAGUGUGGAGAUAUACCAUCAGACAGGACUGGACUGAUAGUCGGUGUUGUUGUUGUGGUUCAUUUAGCUCUCGUGCUUGUAUUAACAGCGUGGUGUUACAGAAAGAAGAUAAAAAGUUGUCUAAACAGAAGUAAGAAUUUAUAAUGUGACAAUAAAAACAUGAUCAUGUUUCAUUAUA